AUGCAGUUCACUCUGCUGGUCUGCACGCUCUUCCUGGGCGUCGGCUCCGAAAUCGUGCAGGGUCUCCUCCCGAACGACCGUCCCUUCGACCCGUUCGACAUCGUCGCCAAUGUGGUGGGCAGCUUGGGCGCCAUUGGCCUCUGCAGCUGGUAUCAUCGCCGCAUGUUGGAGCGACGGCGCAAAGCCCGCUUUGGCGCACUGGCAGACGGCGGCGCCGAAGACGACAUCGAGCUGGGCUUGGGCGCCAGCGCUGGUGACGGCGGGCAUGACGGGACCAGCCGUCUCGGUCCACAGGAAACCGGUGUCACGACGUUGGAGCAGGAGGUCGAUAAUUGGGACGAGAAUGCCGUCGACAACUGGGACACUGAGGAUGGCCCAGGUCCUGAAGAGGGUGCUCACCACCAAAAAGCCGAUGAGGUGCAGAAGGGUCCCUCCGCAAGUACUACCGAAGCCAGCGGCGUCAGUAGCAAUGUGAAGACGAGGAAUGACUGA